ACCUCGCAUGUCCUUUCCAAAGUCUAUUUGGGGGUAGGCUACUCUAUUACUCAAGACUUGGAAUCUCGGAAGGAUGGAGAAUCAACGCAUUUGAAUCGAAGUUGCAUCGUGAACUUGGAAAGUACAAGCACAUUUGUGUGUUUCUUGUGCACACUUACUGAUUUUUCCACUAGUUUUUGUUCGCACUACAUCUUUUUCGGCGCUCAUGAAUAGAAUUACAUUUUCUGUUUGAAACAAGGAUUUGUGUGCUUUUUGGACAGACGCUUAACGGUGACGCAACAACAUGGAGAAUAGAACUGGAUUUAUUUGGCUGAAACGGCUACUUUUUGUAUUUGUGUGGGUAUCUUUAAUCUGCAGUGAUGCUAAACUAUACGGCUCGGAGGCGGCGCAGAGCUUCGUGGACCUGCGGUUCGUGCUGGAGCCGGGGGACACGGUGACGGUGCGGGGCGGGGUCCUGCAGCUGGACUGCGAGGCCCGGUCGGACCAGGGCGAGCCCGCGCUGGCCUGGAAGAAGGACGGGGUCCUGCUGAGCGCGGUGGUGGACGAGCGGAGGCAGCAGCUGGCCAACGGCUCCCUGGUGGUCCAGAACGUGGUCCACUCCCGGCACCACCGGCCCGACGAGGGCUCGUACCAGUGCCUGGCGUCCCUGGAGGGCGUGGGCGCCAUCAUCAGCAGGACGGCCAAAGUCACCGUCUCCGGGCCCCUGCGGGUGGUGGUGCCCACGGAGUCGGUGUCGACCCACCUGGGGGACACGGCCCUGCUGCGCUGUGAGGUGACGGGGGAGCCCAUGCCCGUGGUGCACUGGCAGAAGAACCGCGAGGACCUGCCCUCCGCCGCCGCCGCCCCGGAGGGCCGCCUGGUGGUGCUGCCCUCGGGCUCCCUGCAGGUCAGCCGGGUGCAGCCGCCCGACUCCGCCACCUACCGCUGCCUCGCCGAGAACCCCGGCAGCUCCCGCACCGGCAACGACGCCGAGCUCCGAGUGCUGCCAGAACCCGGAGUGAUUCGGGGCCUGGUGUUCCUGCAGAGGCCCAUAGGCGUGACAGCCGUCGAAGGAAAAGAUGCGGUUCUGGAGUGCUCUGCCUCUGGAUUCCCGACCCCCUCAUUUUACUGGAUGAGGGGCAGUGAAGUGAUUGAAACAAGGUCAAAGAAAUUCACCAUGCUCGGAGGGAGCAACCUCUUGAUCAAAAGUGUAACGGACGAUGACACGGGUACCUACACGUGUGUGGCAAUCAACAAGAAUGAGAACAUCAGUGCGUCCUGCGCACUCUCUGUCCUCGUGCCUCCACAGUUUCUGAAUUACCCCUCAAACCUGUACGCUUACGAGACAACGGACAUCGAGAUGGAGUGUGAGGUGACCGGGAAGCCCCCUCCAAACGUCCGCUGGGUGAAGAACGGAGAGGUGGUCAUUCCCAGCGAUUACUUCCAGAUCCUCGGCGGAAGCAACCUCCAGAUCCUGGGCCUGGUGAAAUCGGACGAGGGUUUCUACCAGUGCGUGGCGGAAAACGACGCGGGGAACGCCCAGGCCAUGGCCCAGCUGAUCCUCCGGGAGCCAGUUGUCCCCAGCUCAGGCGCCCUCCCCUCCGCCCCCCGUGACGUGGUCCCUGUCCUAGUGUCCAGCCGCUUUGUGCGCCUGGCCUGGCGCCCCCCUGUGGAGACCCACGGCACCAUCCAGACCUAUACCGUCUACUACACGCAGGAAGGCGUCAACAGGGAACGGUCUAUGAAUGUCUCUGAGGCUGGGGCAUUGCUGUUCACUGUCAGCAACCUGAAGCCGGAGGAAACGUACAGCUUCAGACUCCUAGCCUACAACGAGGAGGGCCCAGGAGAGAGCUCGCCGCCUCUCAAGGUCUCCACGCAGCCAGAGUUGCAGGUACCUGGGCCAGUGGAGAACCUCCAUCUGGAGGCCACCUCCCCCACUUCCAUCCAGGUUUCCUGGGAUCCCCCUGGCUAUGUCAGCAACCCCAUCCAGGGGUACAAGAUCCUGUGGAAAGAGACAGCGGAUGAGAAGGAGCAGGUUGUGGAGGUGAAGGGCCAGAGCUACAAGCUGGAAGGACUAAAGAAAUUCACAGAAUACUCUGUACGCGUCCUCGCUUACAACCGCUAUGGCCCCGGUGUCACUCCCGAAGACCUGCUUCUCACCACACUGUCUGACGUGCCGAGUUCUCCUCCUCAGAACAUCUCCCUAGAAGUUGUCUACUCACGAAGCAUUAAGGUCAGCUGGCAACCCCCUCCAUCAAACUCCCAGAAUGGAUUCAUCACAGGUUACAAAAUCCGCCACCGGAAGACAGGUCGGAGAGGGGACCAGGAGACCAUCGAGCCAAAUAACUUCUGGUACCUUUUCACAGGCCUAGAGAAAGGGAGCCAGUACAGCUUCCAAGUGGCGGCCAUGACCGCCAACGGCACCGGCCCAGCCAGUGAGUGGCACACUGCUGAGACGCCGGAGAAUGAUCUGGAUGAAACCCAGGUUCCCAACCAGCCCAGUUCUCUGCACGUGCGCCCUCUGCCGAAUAGCAUCAUCAUGAGCUGGACUCCCCCACUGAACCCCAACAUACUAGUCAGGGGGUACAUUAUUGGCUACGGAGUGGGCAGCCCCUAUGCUGAAACUGUCAGAGUGGAUAGUAAACAACGCUAUUACUCCAUUGAAAACCUAGAGCCCAGUUCCCACUAUGUGAUCUCCCUGAAGGCCUUCAACAACGCCGGGGAAGGGGUGCCGCUGUACGAAAGUGCUGUCACCCGGUCUUUGACAGACCCUUUAGACCCAUCGGACGAUGAUUUGUUCCAUCUGUUUGAUAAAUUCCCUACUCCCAUGCCAGAUACCUCCACCCCCAUGAUCCCCCCAGUAGGUGUGCAGGCCGUGGCCCUGAGCCCGGACUCGGUUCGGGUCAGCUGGGCCGACAACUCCGUCUCCAAGAACCAGAAGACGGCCGAGGUGCGCUUCUACUCUGUCAAGUGGAAGACCAGCUACUCCACCAGUGGGAAGUACAAGUCUGCAGACACUACUGCCCUGAGUCACACCGUGACGGGACUCAAGCCCAACACCAUGUACGAGUUUGCCGUCAUGGUGACCAAAGGACGCAAGUCCAGCACAUGGAGCAUGACGGCGCACGCCACGACCUACGAAGCAGCCCCCAGCUCCGCGCCCAAGGACCUGACAGUGAUCAGCCGAGAGGGGAAGCCUCGAGCCGUGCUCAUCAGCUGGCAGCCCCCCCUGGAGGCCAAUGGCAGAAUCACAGGAUACAUUCUGUUCUACACGCUGGAUAAGAAUAUGCCUAUUGAUGACUGGGUAAUGGAGUCCAUCACUGGGGACCGCCUCACGCACCAGGUCCUGGACCUCAACCUCGAUACCGUCUACUACUUCCGUAUCCAGGCCAAGAACUCCAAGGGUGUGGGUCCCCUUUCUGACCCCAUUCUCUUCCGGACCUCCAAAGGUGACCAUCCAGACAAAAUGGCCAACGACCAAGGUCGCCAUGGAGACGGAGGCUACUGGCCAUCUGACAAUAACCUGAUUGAUAGGAGCAGCCUGAACGAGCCUCCGAUCGGUCAGAUCCGGCCCCCGCAUGGAAGCGUGACCCCGCAGAAGAACAGCAACCUGCUGGUGAUCAUCGUGGUGUCGGUCGGGGCCGUGACCAUCAUCGUGGUCGUCAUCGUGGCGCUGAUCUGCACCCGCCGCUCCUCGGCCCAGCAGAGGAAGAAGCGAGCCACCCACAGCGCCGGGAAGAGGAAAGGCAGCCAGAAGGACCUGCGCCCUCCUGACCUGUGGAUCCACCACGAGGAGAUGGAGCUGAAGAACAUCGAGAAGCCCUCCAGCUCCGCCCCCUCGGGUCGCGAUUCGCCCAUGCAAGGCUGCCAGGAAAUCACCCCUGUCAGUCACAGCCAAUCAGAGAGCCAGAUGGGGAGCAAGAGCAGUCACUCAGGUGCUGAUGGCGAUGAGGCGUCGAGCAGCAUAUCCACUCUAGAGCGCUCCCUAGCUGCACGGAGGGCUACACGCACCAAGCUGAUGAUCCCCAUGGACUCACAGCCCAGCAACACGCCUGUGGUGAGCGCCAUCCCCGUGCCCACCCUGGAGAGCAGCCAGUACCCCGGGAUCCUGCCCUCGCCCUCCUGUGGGUACCCGCACCCCAAGUUCACCCUGCGGCCGAUGCCCUUCCCCACGCUCACUGUGGACCGCAGCUAUGCCACAGGUAGAUGCCAGAACCCCACGCUCUCUGUCCCUCUCUCUCUCUCUGUCUGUGAGGGUCCCACCGCUCAUGCCCAACCGCAGAACCUCAUCCCCAGUGCCCAGUCAGAGCACGCCGGCACGGAGGAGCUGCCCAGCCGGACCAUCCCCACCGCCUGCGUGCGACCCACACACCCUCUCCGCAGCUUCGCCAACCCCCUCCUGCCGCCCCCCAUGGGCACCAUUGAGCCCAAAGUCUACACACCGAUGAUGCCCCAGUCAAGUGCCAGCCUCCCCAAGGCUCAGGUGAAGACGGCUUCCCUGGGGCAGGCUGGGAAGGCCAGGUCCCCCCUGCUUCCAGUUUCCGUGCCAACCGCACCGGAGGUCGCCGAAGAGGGGCACAAGCAGCCGGAGAACCCAGCUAGCGUUUAUGAACAGGACGACUUGAGUGAGCAGAUGGCGAGUCUAGAAGGACUAAUGAAGCAGCUGAACGCCAUCACCGGCUCGGCCUUUUAA